GAUACUACAGAGGGAGUGCACACUGGGGACAGUUAGUAGGUGGCUAGUAUGGGAUUUGAGGAGCUGCUAGACCAGGUGGGCGGCUUUGGGCCUUUCCAGCUUCGGAAUGUGGUCCUGCUGGCCCUGCCUCGCAUACUGAUGCCCAUGCACUUCCUUCUGCCCAUCUUCCUGGCUGCUGUGCCUGCCCACCGUUGUGCCCUGCCUGACACCCCUGUCAACUUCAGCCACCAGGACGCAUGGUUGGAAGCCUACCUUCCCCGGGAGCCCGAUGGCAGUCUCAGCUCCUGUCUCCGCUUCACCUCCCCGCAGGCCCUCCCCAACACUACACUGUGGGGAGAAGGGCAGAGUCACAGGGAGCAGCAGGAUGAGACCUCCACAGUGCCGUGCCCUCAGGGCUGGGAGUAUGACCACUCAGAGUUCUCCUCCACCAUUGCAACCGAGUGGGACCUCGUGUGUGAGCAGAAGGGCCUGAACAGAGCCGCUUCCACCUUCUUCUUCGCCGGUGUGCUGGUGGGGGCUGUGGCCUUCGGAUACCUGUCUGACAGGUUUGGGCGGCGCCGUCUGCUGCUGGUGGCCUAUGUGAGUACCCUGGUGAUGGGCCUGGCAUCCGCAGCCUCCGUCAGCUAUAUUAUGUUUGCAGUCAUCCGCACCCUCACUGGCACUGCCCUGGCGGGCUUCACCAUCAUCGUGAUGCCACUGGAGCUGGAGUGGCUGGACGUGGAACACCGCACUGUAGCAGGUGUCCUGAGCAGCACCUUCUGGACGGGGGGCGUGAUGCUGCUGGCACUGGUCGGGUACCUGAUUCGGGACUGGCGAUGGCUUCUGCUGGCUGUCACCCUGCCUUGUGUCCCAGGCAUCCUCAGCCUCUGGUGGGUGCCUGAGUCUGCACGCUGGCUCCUGACGCAGGGCCGUUUGGAGGAGGCCCACAGGUACCUGCUCCACUGCGCCAGGCUCAAUGGGCGGCCUGUGGGUGAGGACAGCCUGAGCCUGGAGGAGCUGAGCAAAGUGGCAGCUACAGAGCGGGUGGUCCAAAGACCUUCAUACCUAGACCUGUUCCGGACACCACGGCUCCGACACAUCUCACUGUGCUGCAUGGUGGUGUGGUUUGCAGUGAACUUCUCCUAUUACGGCCUGAGCCUGGACCUGUCGGGGCUGGGGCUGAAUGUGUAUCAGACGCAGCUGCUGUUCGGGGCCGUGGAGCUGCCUGCCAAGCUGCUGGUCUACCUGUCGGUGCGCCACGCAGGACGCCGCCUCACAAUCGCAGGAGCACUGCUGGGCAGCGCCCUCUCCUUCGGCACCAGGCUGCUGGUGUCCUCAGAGAUGGUGUCCUGGAGCACCACCCUGGCGGUGAUAGGGAAAGGUUUUUCUGAAGCUGCCUUCACCACUGCCUACCUGUUUACCUCGGAGUUGUACCCUACUGUGCUCAGACAGACAGGGAUGGGGCUGACUGCACUGGUGGGCCGGCUGGGCGGCUCUUUGGCUCCACUGGUAGCCUUGCUGGAUGGAGUAUGGCUGCCACUGCCCAAGCUCACUUAUGGGGGGAUUGCCCUGCUGGCUGCCUUUACUGCUCUCCUGUUGCCCGAGACAAGGCAGGCGCAGCUGCCAGAGACCAUCCAGGACGUGGAGAGGAAGAGUGCCCCAUCCAGCCUUCAGGAGGAACAGAUGCCCAUGAAGCAGGUCCACGACUGAGUGGCUUAAGGAGCAUCCUUCCACAGAAGUUCUGCAUCAGGGGCUGUGAGAGCAAAAGGGAAAGCCCUGUGACCAGGGGCUGGAGGCAUAGAGCUCCCUGCUCAAGGUCAAAUUUGCUCUCUAUGCCCUUCUCUGUGCUCAUCCAACUUCUAGCAAUAGAGCAACUUCCCAGAAUGCAGUGGGCUGCUGGAGAAUUCUGGCACCUCUCUCAUAGCUGGUGGGACUGUGCCUCUAGGUUGGGGCAUCAGUAUGGAGCUGUGGGACAAGCCCUGGAUGGGAAGCCAUUGAGUCUGGUGCUGGCUUCCGCUUUGCCACUGAUUUGCUGUGUGACCUUGGGCAUGUGGCUUUCCCUUUUUGGACCUCAGUCUGUUCAUCUAUCAAAUGGACAAUGAAGCUUCUGAACAGACCUCACCACAA